AUGAAUGAUAAUCCUUUUGAUCAUUAUGCGGUAGGGUUCCGCGUAGGAAAAGGCAAUUUCGGUGACGUGUACAAGGCAAACAGCAGGACCACCAACGAGCUGGUAGCCAUUAAGGUGGUUGAUAUGGAGGACUCCAAUGACCAAAUCGACGUCAUUCGUCAGGAGAUCCAGUUUUUGUCAGAGUUGCGAUCAGACUACACCACGGCAUACCGCGAAACUUUUGUGGUUGGAACUUGUUUGUGGCUUGUGAUGGAGUUUUGCGGCGGAGGAUCAUGUGCAGAUUUACUAAAGUGUCACAAGAGACUAAGCGAAGACGCUGCGGCAUUCAUCAUCCGGGAUACACUUCGGGGAUUGGACUACCUUCAUUCUAACGGAAUCAUACACAGAGAUAUCAAAGCGGCUAAUUUACUUCUAACCGACAAUGGGAACGUCAAAGUUGCAGAUUUCGGAGUUAGUGGCCAGCUCGGGCUCAAUGCAGAUUCCAGAAGAACGUUUGUGGGGACUCCUUUUUGGAUGGCGCCAGAGAUCAUACUACAACACAGCGAAGACAGUGGUUAUACCGAUAAGGUUGAUAUUUGGUCCGUGGGAAUCACCACUAUCGAGCUAGUUCAAGGGAAACCUCCAUACUCAGACGAGGACCCAAUGAAGGCUCUGGUGCAGAUUCCCAAUCGGGCACCUCCAGUUCUCACUGGACCCGGACAUGGACAUUCUAUUUCGACAUUUAUCAAGGCAUGCCUUGUGAAAAACCCGAAAAAAAGACCUUCAGCUUCUGAAAUGCUACAGAAGUAUCGAUUUGUCAAAAAUACUAGACGCCAAUCGCCACUUCCAGCUCUGAUAGCUUCCAAACAGCAAUGGAUGAAUGAAUCCCGAGCCGCACAUAAAAUGCGAAGACCAUUACCUGUACCGCUCGGCACUGCCGUUAUCGGUGAAAACGUCCAGUGGGACUUUUCAGAAUGCGAUCAGAACCCGAAAUCAGGAAUCUCACCAUUGUCCACGGACGAUACUGAUCUCAGACCGGAGUCAACAAAUACUCCCCACACAUCACCUUUGGAGUCGCCCAAGGUCGACUUCUACGAGGACGUGAUGCGGUUUGCCCUUGACAGGGUCAACAGAAGAGCCAAAAACCGCAAUGGCAAGGAUUUUUGCACGUAUUUGGCAAACAAGCUCGGCACGUUCGAGAGAGAACAGGCUGGUUUGUGUGAGGCCAUAGCACAGGAGAUCUAUCGGAGACUGAGGUCCAUUGGAUAUCAGUUCUAG